GAAAAACACCCCAACUCACCAAUGACUGCAAAACAGAUAUUGGAAGUCAUUCAAAAAGAAGGUUUAAAAGAAACAAGUGGGACUUCUCCAUUAGCCUGUCUGAAUGCAAUGCUUCACACCAACACUCGUGUAGGGGAUGGGACAUUCUUCAAAAUCCCUGGGAAAUCAGGACUUUAUGCUCUUAAAAAGGAAGAAUCUUCAUGCCCGGCUGAUGGAACAUUGGAUUUAGGUUGUGAAUCAGAAUUAGAUGGCACUGAAAUGGCUGAAGCAAACAAUAGUAAUGGAGAAGAAAAUGGAGUUUGUACAAGACAAGUAUCUGAAGAAGCGUCUUCCAACCGAGACUCGAGCCUUACAAAUACAGCAGUGCAAAACAAGUUAGUGUCUUCCUUCCAGCAGCACACCAAAAAGGCUCUUAAACAGGCUUUGAGACAGCAGCAGAAAAGAAGAAAUGGAGUCUCAAUGAUGGUAAACAAGACUGUUCCUCGUGUUGUUUUGACACCAUUAAAGGUGUCUGAUGAGCAGUCGGACUCACCUUCAGGAUCUGAGUCUAAAAAUGGUGAAGCUGACAGUUCAGAUAAAGAAAUGAAACAUGGGCAAAAAUCUCCCACUGGAAAACAAACAAGUCAGCACUUAAAACGAUUGAAAAAAUCUGGUUUAGGACAUUUGAAAUGGACCAAAGCUGAGGAUAUUGACAUAGAAACACCAGGAUCUAUUCUUGUGAACACUAACCUGAGGGCGUUAAUAAACAAACAUACAUUUGCUUCCUUACCUCAACAUUUUCAACAAUACCUCCUGCUUUUGCUCCCGGAAGUAGAUAGGCAGAUGGGAAGUGAUGGAGUUUUACGCCUCAGUAGUUCUGCCCUAAAUAAUGAAUUCUUUGCAUAUGCAGCACAAGGAUGGAAACAGCGAUUAGCAGAAGGAGAGUUUACCCCAGAAAUGCAGUUACGGAUAAGGCAAGAAAUUGAGAAGGAAAAGAAAACAGAACCUUGGAAAGAGAAAUUCUUUGAAAGGUUUUAUGGAGAAAAGCUGGGUAUGUCAAGAGAAGAAUCAAUGAAGCUCACUUCAGUUGAAAACAGUGAUGGUGAUGAAAAUACUCCUUUGUGUGGGUCUUCAUGUUUGCCUGGUCCCUCUACGCCAUCAUCCUUUGAGGAGCAAUUGCCAAAAAGCACAAAAAUCCCAUCUUCUUCAGAAACUGAUUUCUGUGCUUCCAUGGAACAGGUCCCAAUUAAGAAUAUCAUGGCAGAAUCUGAAUCAGAGGACAUCUUCAUCCCUGAAGAAUCUGUGAUUCAGGAAGAAGUUGCAGAAGAGGUAGAAACCACUAUCUUUGAAUGCCAGGAUGAAAAUCAUAAGACCGAACCAGAGUUUUCCGAAGAAUCUGGGAGCCCCCCAAAUCCGAGCGAAGAGGCAGUGAUAGUGCCCGCUGAAGAAAAUGUAGAGGCCUGUGUCAUGAUGAACGAUGUCUUAGAUACACUGCCUCUUGUUGAAAUUAAGGUGGAAGAGAAAUUGGAAUCCCCUCAGGAGGAAAUGGCUGUUGUUAUUGAUCAGCUAGAUGACUGUGAAUCCCCGGCCCCUUCUGCUUCCUCUGUGAAUUCUGUCAGUGAUACAGCAGAUAAGGAGCCAGAGUCCACAAAAGAGUCCAGCAUCCCAGAAACGCAGAGCAUUCCUCCUGCAGAAGCACUGUUUCCCGCUGAAGGCAUUGCUGUGGAUAUGGAGCUACAGAGUGAUCCUGAUGAACAGCUUUCUGAAAAUGCUUGUGUCUCUGAAACAUCCUUCUCUUCAGAGAGCCCGGAGGGAGCAUCCGCUGCCCUGACAUCCCCAGGUGGGGAAACACAGUCCACUUCAGAAGAGCCCUGUACUCCAGCAUCCCUUGAAACAACCUUUUGUUCUGAGGUGUCCAGCACUGAAAACACUGACACAGAUAGUAAUAGAAAGCCUACUGAUGAAAAUCUUCAUGUAUCUUUGAUGUCAGAAAUAUCUCCAAUGUCCACUUCUCCUGGAACAUCAGAAAUAUCCCUCAUGUCCAAUUUGCCUUUGACAUCAGAAGCCUCCCCAGUAUCUAACUUGCCUUUAACAUCAGAAACAUCACCAAUGUCUGAUUUGCCUUUGACAUCAGAAACCUCUUCAGUGUCUUCAGUACUUCUGGCAUCAGAGACAUCCAUUGUAACCAGUUUACCUGCCCCUUCAGAAACAUCUCCAAUUUCCAGUUCUUCCGUGAGUGAGAGGCUCAUCCAUCAGCCAAGAAAGUCACCUUCCAUGUCUGAAGAGCCACUGUCCCCUCUUAAAGAUGAAAAUUCUACCCUUUCUCAGCCUCCAGGAUCUGAGAGCCUUAUGACUCACCAGAUGAUGCAUCCUAGUACACCUGAAACUAUCAAACUAGAUCCACCACCUGUUACCCCUGAAGCUUCGACAGCUGAAGAUAUUCACAGUAAAAACCUGAAUCAGCAACUCUGUCAAUCUCCUGCAGAAACAGAGCAGUCUGGUGUGGCAUCUGUUCCAGAACUCUCUCCUCCAGAAGUGACAAAAGUUAAAAGUCAUAAUGUCCCGCAAAGAACUGAAAAGAAAGGUACAGCCUCACCGUCCGAGGGAUCUGUUUCAUCUGAAGGCACCGUGGGUAAGAACAGUGAGCCUCCUCCAGCUAAGUCACAUGACAAACAGUAUACCUCAUUAGAGAAAGCUUCAUUUUCUGAAGGAUCUCGAAGUAAAACACACAAGCAGGGGAGCACACAGACUCGAUUGGAGAGUUCACAUUCCUCUAAGUCCUCAGAACCUGCCAAGUCACCUGAAGGGAUAAGAAAUGAAAUUAGGGAACCAGAGAUCUCAAAGAGGAAAACUGUAGAACAGCACAGUUUUGGAAUCUGUAAGGAGAAGAGAGCUAGAAUAGAAGAUGAUCAGACAGCCCGUAGUACUUCAGCCACCAGUCCGAUUGAAAAAGAGCAGCCUCCACGAGAGGAGCCCAGGGUACCACCUCUCAAGAUCCAGCUAUCAAAAAUUGGGCCUCCUUUUAUUAUCAAGAGCCAGCCAGUCUCCAAGCCAGAGUCUAGAGCAUCCCCUAGCACUUCAAUUAGUGGAGGGAGGAACACAGGUGCCAGGACCCUUGCAGAUAUCAAGGCAAGAGCCCAACAAGCUCGGGCUCAGAGAGAGGCUGCUGCUGCAGCUGCAGUGGCAGCUGCUGCAAGUAUCGUCUCAGGAGCUAUGGGGAGUCCAGGUGAAGGUGGGAAGACCAGGACCCUGGCGCACAUCAAAGAGCAAACAAAAGCCAAGCUCUUUGCAAAGCAUCAAGCUCGAGCACACUUACUCCAGGCAAAUAAAGAAGCCAGGUUGCCACCACUUAGCUCAAAGGAUGGGUCUCCUACUCUGGAAGUUUCAACCACUCCUGAUGCAAAGAUGGAAGGUUCAACUGGUGUCAUUAUAGUUAAUCCAAACUGCAGGUCUCCUAGCAACAAGUCUGCUCCCCUCCGGGAGACUACCACUUUAUUGCAGCAGUCACUUAAUUCUGCUAAGCUACCAGAAACUGCUUCUGACAUAUCCCUGCACAGUUCUGAUGAAAAUAUACCUAUGUCACAUUUGUCUGAGAAAGUUAUUUCAUCUACCUCUUCUGAAAAUGGUGGUAUGCCCCUUCUUUUUAAUAAAAAUUCUGUCCCUGUGUCUGUUUGCAACACUGCCAUGUCGGGAACAAUUAAAGAACUUCCCUUUGCAAGUUCUGUUGAUAAAUCCUCUCUUUUAAUGUCUGUUGACAGUACAAAUACUACGGGCUCUGCUUGUAACCUAAGUAUGCUAAAAACCAUCCAGGGAGCUGAUACUACAUGUGUAGCCAUUGUACCAAAAUGUAUUGAUAAUGCUCCUGUUCCAACUUCCACAGAGGGUUCAGUCUUACCAAACUCUGUUGAUGAUAAAAGGUCGCCAAUAGCAAGCAACAGUGCUAAUAAUAAUUUAAUCUCUAGUCAAUAUACCACUGUGCCAUCUCCCUCCAUUGGAAAUAAUUUGCCAAAUCAUGCCCCUCCCAGCUCUGUCCUGGUUCCCCCAGUGGGAGCCAGUGGCAGAUUUCCUUCUGAAAAGAUAGCCAUGCCUGGGUGCGAUGAGCAGGCCAGCAUGUCUACGAGCACCACUGUGAGAGCAGCUCUGAGCUGCAGUGACCGGCUUGCGGUCACAGACUCCUCAGCUAAAUGCCCAUCUAUUGCUAUGUUUACUGGAAAUGUGUUAACAAUAAGCUCUUAUGACAACCCUACCAAGCUAGGUACUGAAAGCCUGGAAAAAAGUGCAGGUGUCAGAAGUAGGACGAAUCACUCUGGCAAACCUCAGCCCCCAUCCGGAGGCUAUACACCAGCAGCAGCGAACAGAUCGAUUCCCUGUAAAGUCAUUGUCGAUCACAGUGCCACACUGAGCUCCAGCUUAUCACUUACUGUUUCCAUUGAGAGUCCAGAGACUGGCCUAGAUGUGCAGAACAGGCCAUCGAGGACAGAAACAGCCUUACACAAUGUGGCAUGCCCUCAAGUGUCUGUUAUCAACAGGCCUGAACCAGUGACAGGUGAAAACAUGGAACAUGGCUUGGGCUUCAUUGCUACUCCUACAACAAAGCAGGAUGGUGGCAAACCAUUGAAUUCCACCUCCACCCAUCUCCGAGAAUUGCCUCUUGCUUCUCCUGAUAAAAUAGGUGAGGUGACUACACCUAGUCAUGGAUUUGCUGAACAGUUACAAGGCCCCACUUCUUUCAAAAGUGAAGCAGACACUACCUGUAGCAAUCAGUAUAAUACAGGUAACCUAAUUUGUUGGAACAGUGAAGAUGUGAUGAGUACAGAACCCCCUGCAGCCAGCCAUUCAACUGCUACAGAUAAACAUAAGGAGUACCUGGAGCAGAAUUGCCCAAAGACGAUCAAAACAGAGCAUUCCAGCUAUACCCAUGUCUCAGAGUUACACCCUAGGAAUCUUAUGGCAAAAAUUGCUCUUCCUGUGAAGUCAGAAGCCCCUGAAAUUGAUAAGUGCUUUAGAAUGGACACUGAAGAGUUCUCUGUACCAGAAAUUCCUACCCAGGCUGAGGUAGCCACCCCAAGUACACAGCAGACCCCAAACUCUAAGGCAUCUGUCUCCAGCUCCGUGGAAGAGACUUUGUCGUUGGCCACAGAAUCAAUAAAGAGAGUCCCAGGUGGAGGAAGCUCAAGCUGUCGUCUGUCAUCUGUAGAGGCCAACAAUCCCCUUGUGACACAGUUAUUACAAGGCAACCUGCCUUUAGAAAAAGCACUACCACAGCCCCGAUUAGGAGCCAAGCUAGAAAUUCACCGGCUUCCCUUGCCUCUGCAGACUCCCUCAGUUUGCAAAACAGCAUCUGAGAGGAAUAUUGUUGAAACUCCUGCUAGCUCUCCAAAUCCAGAUGGUAAAGGCUAUUUGGCAGGGACUCUAGUGCCACUGCAAAUUAGAAAGCGAGAAAACCACCCAAAAAAGAGAAUGGCCAGGACUGUGGGGGAACAUGCUCAAGUGAAAUGUGAGCCAGGAAAGCUGCUGAUGGACACAGAUGUUAAAGUGGCACCAUGUGUCAUCAACUCCAACAUGAAUCAACUGGGGCACAGCCAGUCUUUUAAGCAAGAGUGGAUGAGCAAACACACAGCCCCGAGCAGAAUUGCUCACAGCCCUGAGAUGAAGCAGCAGAAGAGGCUGCUCCCCUCUUGUAGCUUCCAGCAGAACUUGUUCCAUGUUGACAAGAAUGGCAGCUUUCACCCAGAUGCCAGUACCUCACACCGACAGCAGUUUUACCAAAUGCCUAUGGCUGCACGGGGCCCCAUUCCUUCAGCUGCUCUAUUGCAGGCCUCUUCCAAGGCCACAGCUGGUUGCCAUGCAUUUGCCUUCAACAGGCACCUGGAACAGAAGGGCUUGGCAGAGGUUGGAAUUCCAACAACCUCUCACCAGUUAAGGUUGGCCAGUGUGUUAUCACCCAGUAUUCCCAUUAAGGAAGGUGAUGACAUAGGCAGCACUGCACAUGCCAUCCAGAAUAAAUCCUUGGUGCAUCCCCCCCCACCGCCACCCCUUCCUCCACCCCCACCACCCCCACCUCCCAUACCACCUUCCCUUCCUAAUGCGGAUGUCCCACCUGAUCAAAAACAACCACCAGUUACUAUGGAAACCACUAAAAGACUUAGUUGGCCACAGCCAGCCGGCAUAUGUAGCAAUAUAAAAUCUGAACCUCUUUCCUUUGAGGAAGGUCUGAGCAGCUGUGAACUGAGUAUGAAGCAAGUGUCUUAUGACCAGAAUGAAGUGAAAGAACAGUUAAAAGCCUUUGGGCUAAAAAAUGCAGAUUUCUCUUCCUAUAUACUUUCUGAGCCACAAAAGCCUUUUACCCAAUUAGCUGCUCAGAAAAUGCAGGUGCAGCCACAGCAGCCACAGCCACCACAGCAGCUCUGUGGAAAUUACCCAGCUAUACACUUUGGUAGCACAAGCUUCAAAAGGGCAGCUUCUGCAAUUGAAAAGUCCAUUGGAAUUUUGGGAAGUGUUUCUAGCACUGCUACUGGCCUCUCUACCCAGAAUGCUCAGAUUCCAGUUCAAAACUUUGCUGACAACAGCAAUGCAGAUGAGCUAGAGUUGAAAUGUUCAUGCAGGCUGAAAGCCAUGAUUGUGUGCAAGGGCUGUGGGGCCUUCUGCCAUGACGACUGCAUAGGCCCUUCCAAACUCUGUGUAGCCUGCUUGGUUGUCCGAUAG